AUGCAUCUGCUUUGCUCGCCACAUAUUUUAGUCCCACCAUUCUUCUUCCUGCAGGGUAAGUAGUUGUGCUUCGCCCGACUUGUUAGUCUGCUCCCUACCUUGCAAAUAUAGCCUUCCAACCAGCGAUCUCUAAGAUGGUUUUGGAGUUCUGCCUUAUAAAACUCGUGUGAAAACACUUCAUAGAAGUAAGGAGAUAAAGAGUGAACAGGGUUGAACUCAUACCGAAAAACUCUGGAUGUGCUAUAUGUAGUUUCUUAUCUUCAGUCAACAUAUGAGCGCUCUUGCGUUUGUCUAAUCUGUUAAAUUACCGCAAACUAAGUAAUUGGCACAUUCCCGUGUGCUUCGGGAUUACGCGCGGUAGUGGAAGCAAAGGUUAGAUUUUCAGUAUUUCAAGGGGGAUUUCCGUGCGUUAAAUUAGUAUUGACUGUUUCACUUGUUUUUAGGUUUAAUGCAUUUUUUUGACCUUAUGUCGUCAUAGUGUCAUAAUAAUUCAUAUAUACCAACUGGCAUAACAAAUAUUAUAUGUCAGUUAUUAUUAAUAAUUAAUGCCAAACGAUGCGGUAAACUCAAUGCGGCUCGAACUGCAAUAAAUGUGCUGUAUUUUACUCAUACGAGAGCUUUUCCCAUGACAUCAGAACAAACUGGAGUUGGGGGUGUCAAUAGACCCGUUGCACCUCCCCAUCGUCCUCGGGCCUCAGUCUUCACAGCAUCUCUCUUUUGACGACGCACUGUCGCAAGCCGUCUUCGUAACGUGGGCGCUCAACCGAAAAUCUGGACAAAUACCGCACCUAUACACCCUUUGGGCUGACACCCUAACUUGUUUUGCCUUUGCCGGAUCGAUUUGUGCACGGACGGUGUUCUUGAUUAGGAUUAUACAGGCUCAAGGAAGGCGGGCGAGGCAGUUGUGCGGAAUAGUGUCCGGUGAUAAUUUGUGUCUUGGGGGAUUUCGGUAGAAAUUUCCGUUGGAGUUGCGAUGGAUGCCAACUGGCUUUUACGAAUUUCGUUAUAAAUGUCUUGUAUCCUGGCAGAUUAAUUGGCAGUUCACAAUUCUGAGAUCAUUCGGAACACGACGGCCCUAAAACUCUGGGCGAAUUUUGUCUUUUCCGCGGCUACUAUUCGGGUUCUCCAUUACAAAUCAUAUAUCGGUUUGGGAUGUGGCUGGCUAGUGAGGGCGAACACUUGGCCAAUUUACUUGGUUAUCUGUGUUUCCUGAGGCGAUAUCGCUACUCCAUUGUCUUCGUUAAGUUCCAAUCCGUCGUCGCGUUAUUACCCCAUUUUUAAUCAAAUGCACAAUUGCUUGUCACUUACGUAUGCCCUUUAUUUUCACUGAAAACCAGAAUAAUGAAUUUUGGCAUUUUUUUAUGAAGGCCUUAUUGACCGACAGGCAUUCUGGUCUAGCGAGUUUCUUCAAACUUUCCUUGCACCUGUCUUUUUGUCAGUGAGUAGUGAUAAAAGCUUGGCUUGACCUAAGUUUAAUGUCUUCACGAUCUAGUGUAACCUAUACCCUCAAAUCGAUAGUUGACACCAGCGUGAGUUUCCUGAAGGUCCUAUUUCUGAACCCCGAUGACAGGUAGGUCUGAUUUACAUCUGUCCACUUCGUCGGUCAGUCAGCCAUCUUGACGAUAAUUCCAAAUCAGAGUGGUUCAGAGAGUUGACGUCGCGAAUGAGUUGACUGAGUGGAUAGCCGAAAUGUUGGAGCCAGUGGCCUUUUACGCACCACCACCAGAUGUUCCCUGUCUACAUUAGAUAUUUGGUUUGUUGACGAGGCCGUACCAUUCUUUGGAGGCGUCGGGAUCUUCCCUAGGCUAUCAGAGCGUGGAGGCCACGUUUUGCAACUGUAGAACAGGGAGCCGUAACCGUAGUCACAUACGUCGACUCCUGUUUUCGCGGCGGGGCCACAGACACCUUAAGAGAUGACAGAAUAAGCGAAGUACAAACUGCGUGUGGUGUAAUACCUUAUGCAGACCGACCAGUAAGUAGCAUGCAUGUGCUGGGAUAAACAGAAUACUCAAUCGUCCUGUCUUUCACUGUCCAGGAGGGUUCGAGCCUCAUAUUUUAUAGUGACUAAGGAGAACCUUGUAUUUCCAGGCGUUUGAAUUUAACCGAAGUAACCGGUGUGUCUUCCUGAAGAGGUCCCCAAAUAAAGCGAUGCCAUUAAAAUAGCCAGGGUCGAAGUAUCAUACUUGAAUUCGCCUGUACUUGUGGAGGUACCACUGAUAGCCGAAUUUAUAGCAUAGAAUAUCAGUUAUGGGAUGCCGACGUUUACGUAAAGUACUCGCUCCGUGCCAUGCUUUCAAGUUUGGAUUCGCUUGAGUUACUAGUAUGCCUUGAUAAAGUUCAUGCGUCUUGAACAUUUUCCAUGGUCUCUGCGACGUCACCUCUAAUGUGAGUUGAGCGUGCCAGCAAAGUCAACGGAACAGAAAACCGUCUUCUAUUUGAAAAAAGUGCAUUUGUUCUGAAAUUCCUUGCAGGGCGGAUCUGGCCGACGCAGUUUCUACUAGGGUGGGUAGCGCUUUGAUUUUCUCUUGUUCUUACGCCCCUCCCUGGUGGGGCAAAACUGUUUCGGAAGGAUGCCUAAAAUCUUCACGGAGACGUCGAUUACGCUUACAUCUUCGUAGUUGAGCAUUCAUCAGCAAUAAUUGUCCUAUAGACCAUGAGUCCCACCGUCCACUUUGGCUGGACCCAUAUCUCCGAUCACGAAACCCAAUAGAAUCAUUUUCACCGUUACACUUAUUUGGGACCGAUAUACCGUAUUUCUUCAAAGGGACUCAUCGAUCUCGCAACAUCACCAGUGUAGUCUGUAUUCGUCACACACAGAUCACGGCCUACUGUGGCCCCUUAUGUGGCCCGGUAGCGUGUAGAGAAAGUUGGCGAGUGAACACAACCCCACCCGCCACUCAUGAAAUUUGGUUCUUGUUUUGUGGUGACAGGCUUGAAUCACUCGUAAUUGUUUCGGUGUCAUGCAACAUGUUCGAUCACAGGGGAUUCCAACAGACCCAAUUAAAUUAAAGAGGAAAUUCACUAAACAGACGAGUUUACUGCUGUUAAAAAUGGUGGUUUUCAGAGGUCCAACGAAAAGAGAAGUCCUGAUCGAUGCAUUCCUUCUUCUAUUCACAUCAAGGUCCAGGUGGGUGCAGCCGCAGUUCUUUCACCGUUCCCUCACUAUUCGGUGAUCGCCCUAACGGGGGCAUUAUCCCAGCUUGUGUCCCACGCCUGGUUGCCUGUUCGUGACCUUUGCCACCCAUACGGAGCUUGUUUGCUUCGUGAAGCCAAUAGAUCGGUGUGCGCCCAUUCCUGAUUGGGCGUUUGACCCUCAUUGUUGUGGUUAGGAUCUCACUCGAUCCCAUUCUGUCCGCCCGCCAGCUAGCUACUGUCGACAACGAACGCUGUCAUAGGACACCUACCAAGCGAGCUGCCUAUGUGUUAUAUGUGGUGUGUGUCCUAUAACACAGCAUUCGUUGUCGACAGUAGUUAGCUGGCGAGCGGACAGAAUGGGAUCGAGUGAGAUCCUAACCACAACAAUGAGGGUCAAACGCCUACUUGACACGCUUAUAUACUUCACUUCAUAAGGCCUAUGACGUACUGAUGAUCGCUAACGUCCGUGAAACAGCUGUCUGCGUCUGGCCUGUUGCACUCUUAGCGAGCUGCCUAUGUAUAUAUAGCGAAUAUUCACUGUAUUUUUCCCUACCUCGUUCCAGGUCAUGAAUGGUAAGGCACCCAACGUCAACUCCGAGGACGGACUGGUUGAACCUCCGUUCUCGGAAGUUGCGGAGAUCUUAAGGACUUUCUCCAAGAAUAUCAUUCUACUUCCCCAGACGGACGAACUUCGGGAAAUGCAGACCGUGCUGCGUGAUAAGUUCGUUUUUCUCACACUGAAACUAUAUCUACAACUUUCCUUUCAUUAGGAGGACUACACGAAACGACUUCGUCUUUUAUGCUAAUCGCCUGGUAAGUUGGUCCUGUUGCCUAAUUGUUUUCCGCAAUCAGAUCCGUUUAGUUAUGGAGGAAGGUCUAAAUCAGCUCCCCUUCGAGGAGGUUACUGUGAUCACUCCGACGGGCGAGUUAUACUAUUACUUCUUUUAUUUAGACACUCAGUUUGCAGAGUUUUUUGUAUGGAUUCGCAACUUGGGAGUCUUGUUUCGGACCCGUAAAAUUUCCCCGUCAGGUGUAAACGCCAUUGCCUUAAAAUAGUCGACUGAGGUUCGCCUGAGGUUUUAGCUAAUACGCAUGUUGAGAAUGUUGUGGAGCCGUUUCUGCAAAUUUUACUACUGCCAUCUGAUCCGAUAGUUCGACCGUCGUUUCAGACGAUGUCCACAAUGUGCUCCACAGCAAGGUGAAACAGAUACGGUGACUUGUGCGUGAUUUAUAGUGAAUGCAAGCCUCCGCAACAUCUACCGCACUCUCUUCCCCACUCCCCACCUGGACCCGUUGUCAAGGCAUAGUCAAGAGGACCGGAGGCGGGACGGAGGGCACAGGUGACUGGCACGUCCGGACCCGCACCCAGACGUGCCACUACACCUGGUGCAUAAGGUACACUGACCAGGGUUUUACACAACAACAACACCCCAGAAUGACGAGGACGACUGGGCAGUCAUGCCCACCACCUGUAUACCCAGCGGGAGCGCAAGCGCAUCUGCCAGCAGGGAACCAGAUGCCAGCGCAUACCAAGCUGCGAGGACCAUGGUUUGCUGAUACCGGCAUUGUACACGUUUUCAGACCUUUUGACCACACCGUACCACUAAUGCGCACAGCAUUCAACGGCCUGCAUGUAUCACAAACAGGUCUUCACGAGAUGGGAAGGUGUUCUGCAACUUAUAUAACUCAGCCCUUACAAAGUAUCUCGCGUUGUUGGAGUGGGAAGUGUCGACUUCAGUCAAACUGCGGGUUAUUGUCUUAUAAAUAUACCACGUAUUUUAUGUCCGCAGACCUGAGGUAGGCCAAAGAAUGUCGUUCCAGUUUUCCUUUCCGCUGAGAAUACAAUAAAGAACUCGUCUGCAGCGAAUUACAGCAAUUCUAACACCACCUGGACCCGGUGUCGAGACAGAGUCAAGAAGACCGGGGGCGAGGGAGGAAGCAGGUGGAUGGCAUGGUCAAACCCGCACCUUGCUGUUCUACUCCACACCCCCUGGCUCACAGCAAGUGAUAAAGCUCUUAACCAGCAACAAAAAGGUGGGCCGGCGCGGCCGAAGCCGCAUCUAGGCGUGCCGUCACACCCUGCUCGGACCGCACGGAGUGGGGAUGCUAUAAACGCCACAUUGACAUGGAGCCAUUGCUGCCUGACUCUUAUACCACCAAUCGGCCGCUCCACACAAACACACAACACUGGGCCGACUGCGAGGUCCAAGUGUUUUGUAUGACAUUAAUUGGCAGUAAAUUAAAAUUAAAAUUCUGAAAACGGACUGUCGACCAAUCAAUAGUCUGAAGGUCGUCAGUGUAGGCUGUUGGUUAUCUUUAGUGAUAAAGUGCAAUAGCAGGGGAGAUGGGGAGUGGAAGUAAAGUUUAUUCGUCGCGCGUCGUUUGGGGUGAAGACUUUCCUGGUGAUCAGUUUCUCCUUAUGCGCGUCCUCUGGCUCCACCAAGCAUUCCAUGUUGUUACCAUAUUAGGCUACUCAGAAGAACUGAGUUCGAUAUCCGUCUUCUGGCACUUACAGGAUGUAACUUUUGCCUAAUCGAGUUCGUUCAGUACAGCUGCUGGACAGUCAACGCUGGGACACUUGGCCGUCGAGUUUAUAUCUCAUCGGCCGGCCCCUCGUCUUGUAGCUCGCCAGCCGUCUAGCACCUAUCUCCCGCCUUUUCCGUUAUUCCCGGGGUACAGCUGUUGUGAGAUGGAUCGCCAAAUGUCCUUUUUCUUUGUAAGUUACAUUUGUUAUUCGCCUUAUCCUCAAACUUGCCACUCCCCCCCCCUCUACCAGGCCACAAGUACAACGGAUUAAAGUUCCUAAAGGGCAACUGCGGCGUCUCCGUUGUACGCAGCGGCGAGGCCAUGGAGCGAGGACUGCGGGACUGCUGCCGUGCAAUGCGCAUCGGCAAGAUCCUCGUCCACACUCCCGAGGAGUGUCCGCCCUCGGAAGCGCAGGUUGUCUACGCCAAACUGCCGCCGGAUGUGCAUCAGCGCAAGGUCUUUCUCAUGUAUCCCAUCCUCCGUAAGUGUAGCUCCCUUCUUGGAUGUGCAUAGUUAUUCCGCCUGGGGCUGCAGCCGGGGCCGCGUGACGCUGCUUUGUGCUUCAGUGCGCGCAAAUGAAGUGGUCCCAAUUUAACUCCAUUACAGAAGCCUGGUAAAUGUAACAGGCGGUGUGUGGCACACGUAGAUAGGUCGUUCAACCUCCGGUUUUCUAGACGUUGUCUCGCUAUUGCUAUACAUAUAUAUGCAUAUAUAUAUAUAUAUAUAUAUAUAUAUACAUAUAUACAGGCAGAAUAGCAUUACCGACAAAGACAAGGGAGACUGGAAUGGCCAUUUCUGGCUUAUUAGCCGUCGUCAGCCAGCCAUACCCAAGCCCGAAGUGUGGAACACCCGAGCCUCGAACUCGCGACCUGUUGGUUUAGAAGUCAACGCCUCUACUCGGGUGUUCCACACUUCGGGCUUGGGUAUGGCUGGCUGACGACGGCUAAUAAGCCAGAAAUGGCCAUUCCAGUCUCCCUUGUCUUUGUCGGUAAUGCUAUUCUGCCUGUAUAUCAUGCGCCGCUGUGCGGCUGCUGGUUGGGCUCGAGAGAGAGUCCAUAAGGCACAACGGAACGAGUGAGUUCCGUAUGAACGAUCGGUGAGCGCCCCCCUACCAUAUACAUAUAUAUAUAUAGUGUAGCUCCCUUCUUGGAUGUAUAUGCGUAUCUACCUCAGGCCUGUAACCGGCACCGCGUGGCGCUGUUUUGUGCUUCAGUGCGUGCGGGUGCAGUAGUUCCUGGUACAUGUAACAGGAAGCAGGUUGUGUGUGGCACGCGUAGACGGGCCGUUUUACUCUGCCAGCUGUCGCGCCAGCGUCGACCCCCGGUUGUCCAGACGUUGUCUUACUAUCAGGGCAGGGUGGGCGGGGAAGAUAGAGUGCGAUAGAUGCUGCGCAAGCGUGCCCCACGGUGGAUAUAGUCACUUGUGACGGUCGGACCACCCUUCCUCCUUUCGGGAAAUAUAAAAAUUCCGCUUGUACACUUCUAUUUUAGGCUUCACGCGACUCUCCUAUCCUCCGUAAGUGUAGCUCCCUCUAUGGAUGUACAUGCGUAUCUACCUCAGGCCUGUAACCGGCACCGCGUGGCGCUGUUUUAUGCUUCAGUGCGUGCGGGUGCAGUAGCCCCUUGUAACAGGAAGCAGGUUGUGUGUGGCACGCGUAGACGGGCCGUUUUACUCUGCCAGCUGUCGCGCCAGCGUCGACCCCCGGUUGUCCAGACGUUGUCUUACUAUCAGGGCAGGGUGGGCGGGGAAGAUAGAGUGCGAUAGAUGCUGCGCAAUCGUGCUCCACGGUGGAUAUAGCCACUUGCGACGGUCGGACCACCCUUCCUCCUUUCGGUAAAUAUAAAAAUUCCGCUUGUACACUUUUGUUUUAAGCUUCACGCGACUCCCCCAUCCUCCGUAAGUGUAGCCCCCCACUUCGGAUGUGCAUUGUUAUUCCUCAUGGGGCUGCAGCCGGGGCCGCCCCACGCCGCUUUGUACUUCAGUGCGUGAGAAUGAAGUAGUCCCAAUUUAAAUCCAUUAGAGAAGCCUGGUACAUGUAAGAGGAAGCAGGCGGUGUAUAGCACGCGUAGAUGUGUCGUCCAACCAAAGUUGACCUCCGGUUUUCAGGACGUUGCCUCGCUAUAAGGUAAAGUGCGAUAGAUGCUGCGCAGGCGUGCCCCACCGGUGCCGCGUCCACUCCGAGUUAUACUCUUUCUUCGAGCAUAAAAUUGGAAGAAGACGUGAUUUUUUAUCGAAUAGGUGAAAGAAUGAAUAUUUUGUGCAUGCUUUCCAUGAAAUAUAAUUGAACUUUUAAGGGCAUCCAAAAUCAACGGAGGAAUUGCUUGCUACUUAAGUAGUCAUUUUUUACAGAGUGUAGUUUUUGCAUGCGGUCGCAAAUAAGUUCGUUCGAAAGAAGGCACCCUGAGGUAACUGGAUCAUUAUAGAAUUAUGCUGGACGAUGUUUAUUUUUACAACCAUAAUUAAUCUUUUCGAAACGAGAACGCAUUUCAAAAUUUCGGCCGACAUUUCAUGAGUUAACCCACCAAUUGUAUGUCUAUACUGAGUAGAGUCGAUAGAAGAGUAUCGGAACACCAUAAGGCGUAAAACAGACUUAAGAUCCUGUUUUGUGCGUAUCAGGAUUGUGCGACCUUUUAAGUAGAAUAUUCUGUUUAAAACACCUGCUGAUCUCCAUCAGUACUUCAUAGGUACGCCGCUGCACCCCUCUUCCGCCAAACAGUUUAUAGGCCUUCACGGGAUAUCGCCAACCGUUCGAAAAAUUGGGCGAAAGAGACCAUCCCUCACUUGUUGACGGUGUUAUUGAUUUCUCCAAAUUCCCAACUACUCUCGGAAUGAGAGUAUUCAGGGAUUUAGAGUUAAGUACAUCCUUCGUGGCGCCCGCUCCCGACCUCUAGUCAACGUGCUAUUAGCUGUCUUCCUGCAAAAAUAGUCAAAUUUCUUUUUAUUGUGCGACUUACAAACACGCCUAAUAGAGGCCGCCUCGUCCGUCUGCGGCCUGACUGUGUCCUUUAAGUAGCUUUCGUGUGUCCGGCCACUUUUUCCGCUGUUUGUCUUUGAUUUGAGCGUCUACCAAACUGCGCAGAACACUUUUACAACCGCCUGACGUCGUACAUUUUGGAACAUAUGUACCUGUACCUUGAUCCGCUGUCCACAUUGCCAUUCUUAGUACAGUUGGCCCUUGGCAAGAUCAGCUAAACAGUGCGGACCAUAAUUCAAGCAGUCGAAAGGUCUGAUGCUCAUUAGGCAGUGGUUGCUUGGAACAGCUUGAUGCAGCAGUUGGUUUGCGAUAGGUCCUGCGUUCGAAAGUCUGCAUUUCCAUUCACUUCCCCUCCCCCUAUACACCAGUUCAAGGUUCCUGCUCGUGCUUUAUAGCGGCCGGUGAGGUCUUGUAGCCUCCCUCUGGCAGGACACGAUAAUAGGAAACCCGCGUAUGUGACCUUGCGCUAUACUCCAGGGGAAUCAGGCUUGUAGUCAAGGGCGAGAAUUAGGGUCAGGGGUGGGGUUUAGGGUAUUGUUGGGGUCCAGAUAAGGGUUGUGUCAAAGGAUUGGAUUAGGGCUAGAGUUAGGGGUUGGAUACGCAAAUAGGAACGGUAAGGAUAGGUUGUGUAACCCCACUAGGUAUGCCGUGGCACAGUGACUGCAUCCUAUAAAUACUGCAACCACCCGUAUCUGCUUUUGUCUCUGAAGAUGGGUGCGAGCAGGAAUCGGAAACGUCAGGCCAAUAAAGCUCUUGUCCCAACGAUCGCGUCUCCUUCUUCAAGUUCUACUACCGUCGUUCCCGACGAUGUCCACCGUGUGCUCCGCAGCAGGAUGGGAGGCUUGCGUGUGAAUUCGUUUAGUGGUAGCGGGCUUGCGCAGCGUCUACCACACUCUUCCCUCCCCCCCCUCACCUGGGUCGGAUGUCAAGACUGAGUCAAGACGACCGGAGGCGGGGGAGGGCGCAGGUGGCUGGCAUGGCGAAACCCACACCUAGGCGUGCUAUCACACCUCCGGGUCCGUUACCUACGACUGGCCAGGAUUUCACACCACAAGAAAAAAGGGAGCUACUCGGGUGGCUCGUAUCCCAUAAGGGCCAGAUUAAGAAGGAGUUAGUUCAGCCUCUUCCUCCGAGUGAUGUUCUUAUUUGGCAGCCUUCCAAGCCACGGCUUUUAGCGCGCCGUGAUAGUCUCAAGCGCGUCGGGUUGUUUAUAGUGUGACGUAUGCGCUAAAACCGUCGACCUCAUUCUCUCUUCCAGGCACCAGUCAACUGUCUGAACUGGUCAGCCAACUGGUGCUGAUAUUGGGAGCGGUGAUCGAUGGCGACGAGACGUCGGUGCUGAGUUAGGUCUUCGUCGUGGACCCCGUGGGGGUUGAAACAGUUAGAAUUGGGAAGGCAGCACUUGGCCCGGACAUGUCCUACGAGGCCGAUUCUCUCACGGAAUGUUCGUUGGCAGCGUCGGCAUAGCUGGGAGAGUUCGGGUGUUCGCAUUGUAGAUCAGGUGCUUUUGAGAUUUACGUGCCGCUAUUUUGGCUUUGGGAGCGGUGAUCCGAUCGUCUUCCAGUUUUCGCUGUUCUUUUUCAGUCCGGUCAGUCCCGUGCGAGACCAUCCCAUGUUAACGAAUCAAUUUGCAAACGCGUCAAAGAAUUCUUUAGCGGAGUGUUUGACUCCCUUGUGGGCGAGCUCCGUAGCGUCAUCUCCACGGAAGAAUCGUUUUGGUAGUCGCACAUCGUUUGCCCUCAUAAGGUGGCUGCGGUUGCCUUAACAUGGCGUGGAUGCUAAGGCUUUGGUCUAUUCCGAAAUUGCCGUUUCCUGUUGCCUCCGGAGACGACUGGGGUGGGAGUGACUCGCUUGUUUCUUAUCGACUGUCCGGGUGUCCGCUACAUGCAGGAGCGUUGUAAGGCUGAUAGUUUUGUACAUCAUGAGUUGAUCGUUGAGAUGAAGACUGUAGCGAAUCCAUACGGAGUUCUGCAGCCGGCCGAGGUCUGGUUGACUCUGGAGAUCCGGUAUGCCACAUAAUCGUCGAUUUUACUGUUGCGGGAGAGCUAACUGGGCGAAACAGUCCGCAGUUUUCAUUUUGGCGCCGUUGAAGUUGGUCAGCGCGAUAUUGCAUACAGUGUUAGGCUACUGUUGAUGCAUGGCCACCGUUUUGUCUGCAUUGAUGUAUUGGUGGCCGCGCUGGUGGAUGUGGAGUCGGAAGGGCUGGGGAUGGGAUGGUUGUUGGCGGUGCCGACAUCACGAUGAAUUCCGCUGUUGUGGAUACCCAUGAGACCGAAUGCGGUGAGUGUGUGUGAGGACUCCUGGCACCGGUGCGCUGGUCCCACCGCGAUGCAUUCGCAAGUGACCGACCGGGCCGAAGCGUGAAGUGAAUGUACGAUCGCAAUGAGUACAGGUUGGGACCAAGCCCACAUCAUUGGCGAUAGUUGACGAGGCGUCGGGAGUGUUUUUGACAAUGGCGAGAGCGUAAGAUCUGGUAGUCGUAGCCGUCCUUAUGGAGGUUGUGGCUGGGAUGAUAGAGGUGGCGAUGAUCAACGACAACGAGACAUCGGGAGUGUGUUAGGUCUUCAUCGUGGACCCCGUGCAGGUUGGAACAGGUAGGAUUGGGAAGGCAGCACUGGGUCCGGACAUGUCCGACGAGGCCGAUCCCCACGCGGAAUGUUCGUCGGCAGCGUGGACAUAGCUGAGAGAGUUCGGGUGUGUGUAUUGUAGAUCGGAUGCGCAUGAGAUUUGCGUGCCGUCAUUUUGGUUUUGGGAGCGGCGAUCCGGUCGUCGUCCAGUUUUCACUGCUUUUUUUUCAGUUCCGUGCGAGACCUUCCCAUGUUUACGGAUCAAUUUGAAAACGCUUCAACUAAUUCUUUAGGAUGUCCUUGUAGCGGAGUGUUUGACUUCCUUGUCGGCGAGCUCCGUAGCGUCAUCUCCACGGAAGAGUCGUUUUGGUAGUCGCACAUCGUCUACCCUCAUGAGGUGGCAGCGGUUGCCUUAACAUGGCGUGGAUGCUAAGGCUUCGGUCCGUGUCGAAAUGUCCGUUUCCAGGAUCCUGCCCUGUUGCCGCAGUUUUGGAAUCCUCCGACGACGGCUGGGGUGGGAGUGACUCGCUUGUUUCUUAUCGACAGUCCGGGUGUCCGCUACAUACAAGAGCGUUGUCAGUUUUGUCCAUCUUGAGUUUAUCGUUGAGGUGAAGACUGUAGCGAAUCCAUACGGAGUUCUGCAGCCGGCCGAAGGUCUGGUUGACUCUGGAGAUCCGGUAUGCCACUUCAUCGUCGAUUUUAAUGUUGCCGGAGAGCGAAGCUGUCCGCGGUUUUCAUUUUGGCACCGUUGACGUUGGUCAGCGCGAUAUUGCAUACAGUGUUAGGCGACUCUUGAUGCAUGGCCACCGUUUUGUCUGUAUUAAUGACCAGCCCGAGAUGGGUGCUUUUAGACUUUUUUUCCUAAAUUUGUUUAAUCUCAAAAAAUCAUUCUUAUGUAUUCGAAACAAUCAGAUGUUUGGAGUAAACACUUUAUAAGUCUAAAAAAGCCGCUUGGCAAAAGAGCACCUUCAGUUGUAUAAGGAUAAACCAGUGCCACUGCGAUGUGAUUAUUUUUUGAUAUUCACUCUGAACCCCCUGGAGGUGCAGAGCCGUCUUUUGGACUCCUUUCCCUUUUUUUACUACAAAUUAGACACCGGAACAACAGUCCUAAAGGCCAUUGAUCUCCUGCGGUCCUUUAACGUCUCGGCAGAGAAUAUAAUCCUGGAGACACUGUUUGCGUCGCCUUCUGGUACGUUUGAGCACUUGCCUGUCCCGAACACAUUUUGCGUGGUGCACUUGACACUUCUUACUCCUCGUAUGUACAUCGGCCCGCCCCCUUAUGUCGAAACCCGGUGUUGCAUGGGAGCCGGUUCGUGUAUGGCACGCGUAGACGGGAUUUUUAGCCCUGUCAGCCAUUUGCACCCAAUCCGACUCUUGACAUUUCAUAAGUUAGGUUAUCUGCUGUAUCUUAGGGGCCUCUUCCGUUACAUUUAGUCUUGCAGCCUCAAUUGUGCGGUUUCCUCCUAUACGAAGGAUACAGUAGGUGGGCUAACUCAGGAAAUGCCAACAGAAAUUCUGAAAUGCGUUUUCGUUUCGAAAAGAUCAAUUAAGUAGAGUUGUAAGACCAAUCAUCUUGCAGCGUCAUUCUAUAAUAAUUCAGUUACAUCAGAAUGCCAGCUUUCGAAUGAACUUCCUUCCGACUGCAUCCAAAAGCCACACUCCGUAUAAAAUGACUACUUAAGUAGCAUGCAUUUUUUAUUGAUUUUCGGUGCCCUUAAAGAUUUAAUUAAAUUUCAUGGAAAACAUGCAUGAAAAUAUUCAUUCUUGCUCAUCCAGUAGAAAAUUAUGUUUUUUUUCAAUUUUACACUCGAAGGAAGGAUAUAAUCCGGUUUUAAAAAAGUUUCUAAUUGUGAGAUUCUUUAAUACCGUGAAAUGGCUCUUCGUAAAAUGUCAUGUUUCUGCAUUUACCAAUGUGGCUUGUUAAGUUAAAAAUGUUGCUCAAAUCUACUGCUUAAUUUUAGAACCCUAUAAGGCCCUUUUUUAUUAUGGUAGAGAAAUGCAGGAUUUUCCGUGCGCGGAAAUCAUACGGCUUGUAGUUUGGGAACCCUGAAUGCAAGUGUAACGGCAGGUUGGGUUCAAAAUUAUUAGGGAAUUGGAAAAGCUUUAUAAAACCAAAUCAUGCCAUUCCUUCGAGUGUAGAAUUAAAAGAAGACGUAAUUUUUACUGAGCGAGCAAAAGAAUGAAUGUUUUUAUGCAUGUUUUCCCUGAAAUAUAACUAGAUCUUUAGGGGCAUCCAAAAUCACCGAAAAAAUGCAUUCCACGUAAGUUGUCAUUUUUACGGAGCAUGGUUUUUGGAUGCUGCCGAAAAAAAGUUUGAUCGAAAGUCGGCGGCCUGGGGUAACUUAAUUAUUAUAGAAUUAUGCUGCACGAUAAAUGGUUUUACAACCAUACUCAAUUAAUCUUUUCUAAACGGAAACGCAUUUCGGAAAUUUUGUUGAGAUUUCAUGAGUUAGCUCACUUACUAUAUUUCAUAAGUUUCACCAAAAGGCGGCGCCUUGCUGUCUCUCGAAGAGAAGAGUCAAUCGGUUGGGGAAAUAUUGCCACUAGUCCUUACGAGGGUUUUCAGCAAGGUCGCCGUAUUUACAGUUGAAUGCCUGUAAACUGGUCGGAAUGCGAUGCAUCAGGUUCUUAGGGUGCCGCUCCGAUGACGUAACAGUCGUACUCAACUAUGGCUCGACAAACUUGUGCCAGUGGCCGAUACGCCCGGCGGGUGUAAGUUGGUGAUAAUUAUUUAGAUAGGGUCUUUUACGCGAGCGACCUUCACUCCAGAUCAGCCACUGCGCUCAAGUCUGCCUCCGGGUAGUACAAGAGUGAGGUCGACGCUACGUAAGCUCCCGCCCACUGCCGAAAUCAGCUUUGCACGCCGGUCUUCACCGUCGCUUCGAUCUGGUCAGCAUUGCGCUUGUUACUGGCGCCACGCUGUGACUACUGCUCACAGUCUGACUGCUCAUUUGUGCAAUUGUCACGUUGACAUUUGGAGGAGAAAGUGUGGUAGAUGCUGCGCAAGUCUACCUUCACUAUAAGCAAACUCACGCACAAGCCACCGUGCCUGCUCUCUCUCUCACUCUACUUUGGAGCACACUGUGGACGCCGUCGGGCAUGACGGUCGGACUGUCAUGUUGAUAUUCGUAUUGUCAAGCCGGGAUCCCGACGCCCGAUUACCCGGGAGGUUUCCACGCGUCUGCGCAACAGCCUUCUUUCGUAAACACUGCGGCCUUUUGUCCGCCCGAUAAACAAAACAGACAAAGUUUCCCGGUGAUCUGUGAUUAUUAUCAACAGCAUUACAAAGUUGAGAGAUCCGGGAAGAUUAAUUGAAGAAGAAAAUAGACUCUCCGGAACAGGUUUAUCUAACUGCUGACGUUUCAAAGAGCUGGGUCGGCUCUUCAUUGUCAAAGCGAAAAAUGCACUUAAUCAAUGAGAAAUUUUAUUUAAAGUGGUAUCUUGUGUUGGUCGGCCUUAUGCUGAUCGAUUUUUCUCUCCUCGCGCUGCCUCAGUCUCUUGGGAGAUGGUGGACGGACGUUUUGCCUGUGUGCUUUGUGAGUCACCACUCCGUCGAGGGGAGCUGAGUGAACCUCUGUCAGGUGGUCGGUCGGGCGGUUCUUGUUCUUCCUCACCGAGUAAACUCAGCGUCAGGCUAUCUCCGUGCGGCCUUCUUAAGUCCGGUGUGGUUGUUUGGUCCCGAGCUCUACGAUUGUGAUGACGUAGGACUUUGUAAGCUGCAGGAAUGGCCGAGCGAUUGUAACUUGUGAACCUAUUUACAGACAAUGGUUAUCCCAGACAUUUCAUUGAGAGAAGCAGACGUUGUGCGCCCAGACAACGGCCAAAUGAGCAGCAACCCGAAGUCUGGAGGGCCAUUCCCUACGUCAAAGAGGUCUCUGAAGCGGUCUCGCGACUGUUACAACCCACCAGAGUAGGCAUAGCCCAUCGACCAUAAGCGACAAUUCGACGUCGCCUGAUGCAACCUAAGGACCCAUUGCCACCCGCUGAAAAGUCAGCAGUCAUCUACAAAAUAAACUGCAAUGAGGCGACUGCAACUAUGUGGACGAAACCGGGCGGGAAUUGCAAACUCGCCUACAAGAACACAACUCGGCCACUCGGAGGUUAGACCCUAACUUCCAACUAGCAACACACGUUGGAGAAACAGGGCAUACUUUUGACCUCCAGAGGGUUACCAUCUUAGGCCAAGGCAACGCAAAAGCAGAACGGCUAACUCUUGAGGCGUGGUUCUCCGAUGCCCACUCUAUCAACAGGCAUCUGGACCUUCCUACAGCUUACAAAGUCCUACGUCAUCACAAUCGUAGAGCUCAGGACCAAACAACCACACCGGACUUAAGAAGGCCGCACGGAGAUAGCCCGACGCUGAGUCUACUCGGUGAGGAAGAAUAAGAACCGCCAGACCGAUCGCCCGCCCGACAGAGGUUCACUCAGCACCCCUCGACGGAGUGGUGACUCACAAAGCACACAGGCAAAACGCCUGUCCACCAUCUCCCGAGAGGCUGAGGCAGCGCGAGGAGAGAAAAAUCGAUCAGCAUAAGGUCGACCAACACAAGAUACCACUUUAAAUUUCUGAUUGAUUAAGUGCAUUUUUCGCUUUGACAAUGAAGAGCCGACCCAGUUCUCUGAAACGUCAGCAGUUAAAUAAACCUGUUCCGGAGAGUCUAUUUUCUUCUUCAAAUUCUCAACAGCAUACUGCUAGUCUUUUACCAAGGUGUUCGUACCAGGCAUCUCGGGCAUCAAGGACACAACCUGAUCGCUUUUUCAAAGUGGGGUCACUUGCGGCGUUUCUUCUUCUCAAUGGACUUCGGUUCAAAGCUAACAGAGAGGGCAGUAAGGGAGGUCAUCUCGACUCUUCACUCUAGUCAGUAAUUUCUGACUGAAACUUGUCGGUCGGUCACUAUGCUCCUACUGAACGCGGGUUAAGAUUCCACGCCUUCCGGAGCUGGCAUUGAGACGUGACUUGCUGGUGAUUGCAAGUAUGUCGGGAUUGUCUGUUGAGAUCUCCAUUUUUUGGUUUUCGCCGUUAGACCUCUCGUCUGUAUGCGACCACCCAGCCAAAGCGAACGGGUAUGCUUCCCCAUGGAAGUCGAGCUUGGCCGUCCAAGGUCGCAUCCAGAUGGGGGAAUCGUCUACAUGACAACUGUUUUUCUAGGAAGACAUCGUUUUGGUCAAAGUAUUGUAUAAGGCCUGAAAGGGUAGAAUUCGCAGAUGCACACUUUGGUCGGAUCUUACUUCGUAGCCGCACCAGCCGCCUAUCAAGAUCUGGAAAAGUCAAUCUCUAGCCCAACCGUGGCUCACUUGGUUGACAGCGGCCACCAGGUAGACGUCAAGCAAACAUUCCAAGUUAUCUAGAAAGUGCCAGCGAGACACUCCAAGUUCCUGCAUAAGCGAAUACUUGAGACGGCAGAGGCAUUGGCCAUACGGUUAGCCAAUCCAAACUUGUGCUCGCAUAAAGCGUUUAUAGAGGCGCUAAGGCUCCCCCGAACCAGCGAGUGUGUUCACACUUCCUGCCUGAUCGCGUUACGACGCAAACUGUCAUACACCUUCCCUCUCCCUCUGCCUAACCCCUGACGGGACUUGAAUUUGACCCCUGAUCUCUGGACGCCCUCAUCCCUUUCUCUCAUGCUUUUUUGGCUAUUCACCUCUUACUAAUCUACCCUCCCUUAUAUAACUGUACAGGCCUGAUCGUAAGCGUACGUUUACCGGGCUUGCCUUCUUAAACCUAAUAGGCGAAGAGUCCGUGUCCUCCGAGACAGCCCUGUUUUCGACCUAGCCAAGUUGACUGUUAAAAUUUGAAAUUCCGCCAGGAGGACACACGGACAUCUAUUACUGCAUCCUCCGCUUUUUCGCAGACCUAACCUAGCUAUGCUGUGAUUCGAUGUGAUCUCGGCAUUCGCCCCAUAUCCCACUAAACUGGGCGUGCAGUUUAGCGAGGAGUGAGCAUUCCUAAAGAUCAGGAAUCUAGUGAAGCUCGGCAUUUAUUAAGAGAACACUUUUUACUUGCAGUGCCAGGCCAUGAGAGCGGUCAAGGAAACGGUAAGGGAUCCUGCAAAAUAUAACUUUAUCGAAAAACCGAUUCUAUAGGGGAUGGGGAAGACCUCUUCAACCACUAGUACGUGCUAAAUCUACCGCAACCUGGUCAAAAUGUUCAAAUAUAUUUUUUAUAAAUGGAUAUUAAUUGCAAGGGCUGCAGUGCCGAUUAGCACGGGGCGCAAGCAUGCGCAACAGGGUCGGAUCCCAUUUUGUUGACGCACCUCCAGUAGACAAGCCCCAGACGCCUGUCAUAAGGGACCGGCGGUAAUAGGCGGUUUAACGCUAAUCUCCAACACCUAACAGGUUUGACUACGAAAUAAGAUCUUACUCACACUUUUGUUUGCGACGUUCACCCCAUUUUUACCGACGCAACCUCUGCCUUUAUUUAAAGAGAUGCGGUUACACUCCCACGCUUUAUUUACUGACGGAGAGAGACGGGUUUCAGUGAAGAACAUCUCGCACACUGUUUUUGUUAAGGUGUAAAACCGUCCAUUCUCACGACACAUGCCCCCCUGUUGUUCCCAAAGGUCUGCGGAACGUGCUCGAUCGGAACCCCGCUCUGACAAUAGUCACCUCGGAGAUUCACUCGGUCGUCCCGUGGCACUUUGAACAUCUCUACUUCGGAACUGUGUGAGCGUCGCCUUGCAGACCCAUGACCAGUUGCUGCUGCCGUUGCCUCAAAAAGCCCUCCAUUUCCUUUGGCACCUCGCUCUCUCUCCCCCCAACCGCGAGGAGCAUCACCAGUUUGGCCCCGGGAAUGUAGUUUUUUCUUAUCAUGCGUUUAUUGAAGUCAUUCCUUACUACCUUCUGUCUGUUGAACUGGCUGCACCAGUUGCUAUCAGCGGGUCCAAUCUAAGCUAUCACCCGCACGAUGCUGCAUGCAUCGUUGGCGAAUGUAUUGAAUGGUAACCCCGGCCGGUAUUGGCCUUGUGGCGGCUCAGGCUUCGAGAACCGCACACAGUCCCGCAAAGCGUCAGAAGUGGAAAGAUAGCAAGUGGUGGGAAUUACAUUAUGCAUAGAUUAGGUGACGGCUGAGAACGGGUGGGAAACCGCGUUUAAAUAUAAACCACUCAUGAUUUACUUUAUAAGGCACGACUUACUUAAACACGUGUAGUAGACACGUGUUGGGUUCAAAAUUUUUCAGGAAUUGAAAAAGUUCUCGCAAACCAAAUUAUACCCUUCUUUCGAGCGUAAAAUUAAAAGAAGACGUAAUUUUCUACUGAAUGAGCAAAAGAAUGGACAUUUUUAUGCAUGUUUUCCAUGAAAUAUAAUUUAAUCCGAGUCUUCUUCACACUGUCUCUCGAAGAGUAGAGUUCAUCGAUUGGGGAAACACUGCCACUAGUCCUUACGAGGGUUGUCAGUGAGACCGCCAUAUUUACAGUUGACUGCCUGUUAAUUGGUCGGGAUGCGAUGCAUCAGGUUCUUAGGGUACCGCUUCGAUGACGUAACAGUCGUACCAAGUGGCCCCAAUUAUGGCUCGACAAACUUGCGCCAGUAGCCGAUACGCCCGGCGGGUGAAAGCUGGUGAUAAUUAUUUAGAUAGGGUCUUUGACACGAGCGGCUUUCAUACCAGGUCAGCGACUGCGCUCAAGUCUGCCUCCAGGAGAUUGUAGUGGGUAUUACAAGAGUGAGGUCGACGCAACGCAAGCUUCCGCCCACUGCAAUCUAGUUCAUGCUGAAAUCAGCUUUGCUCGCCGGUCUUCGCCGUCGCUUUGAUCUGGUCAGUAUUGCGCUUGUUACUGGCGCCACGCUGUGACUACUGCUCACAGUCUGGCUGCUCAUUUGUGCAGUCGCCAUGUUGACAUCUGGAGGAGAAGGUGCGGUAGAUGCUGCGCAAGUCUACUUUCACUAUAAACAAACUCACGCACAAACCAUCGCGCCUGCUCUCAUCCUACUUUGGGGCACACUGUGGACGUCGUCGAACAUGUCGGUCGAACUGUCAUGUUGAUAUUCUUAUUGUCAAGCCGGGAUCCUUACGCCCGGAUAACUCGGGAGGUUUCCAUGCGUCUGCGCAACUGCCUGCUUUCGCAAACACUGCGGCCUUUUGUCUGCGGAGGUUCUUGAGGGGGGGGGGGGCGAUAAACAAAACAAAGUUUCCCGGUGAUCUGUGAUUAUUAUCAACAGCAUACUGCUAGUCUGUUACCAAGGUGUUCGUACCACGCAUCUCGGGCAUCAAGGACACAACCUGAUCGCUUUUUCAAAGUGGGGUCACUUGCGGCGUUUCUGCUUCUCAAUGGACUUCGGUUCAAAGCUAACAGAGAGGGCGGUAAGUGAGGUCAGCUCGACUCGUCACUCUAGUCAGUAAUUUCUGACUGAAACUUAUCGAGUCCUGGCCGAUGACGUGUCAGUCGGCCACGGUGCACCUACUGAACGCGGGUUAAGAUUCCACGCCUUCCGGAGCUGGCAUUGAGACGUGACUUGCUGGUGACUGCAAGUGUGUCAGGAUUGUCUGUUGAGAUCUCCUUUUUUGGUUUUCGCUGUUAGACCUCUCGUCUGUAUGCGACCACCCAGCCAAAGCGAACGGGUAUGCUUCCCCACGGAAGUCGAGCUUGGCCGUCGAAAGUCGCAUCCAGAUAGGGGAAUCGUUUACAUGACAACUGUUUUCUAGGAAGACAUCGUUUUGGUCAAAGUAUUGUAUAAGGCCUGAAAGGGUAGGAUUCGCAGAUGCACACUUUGAUCGGAUCUUAUUUCGUAGCCGCACCUGCGGUAGACAACCCCCAGCCGCCUAUCAAGAUCUGGAAAAGUCAAUCUCCAGUCCAACCGUGGCUCACUUGGUUGACAGCGGCCACCAGGUAGACGUCAAGCAAACAUUCCAAGUCAUCUAUAAACUGCCAGCGAGACACUCCAAGUUCCCGCAUAAGCGAAUACUUGAGACGGCAGAGGCAUUGGCCAUACGGUUAGUCAAUCCAAACUUGUGCUCGCAUAAAGCGUUUAUGCAGGCGCUAAGGCUCCCCCUGAACCAGCAAGUGCGUUCACACUUCCUGCCUGAUCGCGUUACGACGUAAACUGUCAUACACCUUCCCUCUCCCUCUGCCUAACCCCUGACGGGACUUGAAUUUGACCCCUGAUCUCUGGACGCCCUCAUCCCUUUCUCUCAUGCUUUUUUGGCUAUUCACCUCUUACUAAUCUACCCUCCCUUAUAUAACUGUACAGGCCUGAUCGUAAGCGUACGUUUGCCGGGCUUGCCUUCUUAAACCUAAUAGGCGGUUAGUCCUUGUCCUCCGAGACAGCCCUCUUUUCGCCCUAGCCAAGUUGACUGUUAAAAUUUGAAAUUCCACCAGGAGGACACAAGGACAUCUAUUACUGCAUCCUCCGCUUUUUCGCAGAUCUAACCUAGCUAUGCUCUGAUUCGAUGUGAUCUCGGAAUUCGCCCCAUAUCCCACUAAACUGGGCGUGCAGUUUAGCGAAGAGUGAGCAUUCCUAAAGAUCAGGGAUCUAGUGAAGCUCGGCAUUUAUUAAGAGAACACUUUUUACUUGCAGUGCCAGGCCAUGAGAGCGGUCAAGGAAACGGUAAGGGAUCCCGCAAAAUAUAACUUUAUCGAAAAACCGAUUCUAUAGGGGAUGGGGAAGACCUCUUCAACCACUAGUACGUGCUAAAUCUACCGCAACCUGGUCAAAAUGUUCAAAUAUAUUUCUUAUAAAUGGAUAUUAAUUGCAAGGGCUGCAGUGCCGAUUAGCACGGGGAAUAAACAUGCGUAACAGGGUCGGAUCCCAUUUUGUUGACGCACCUCCAGUAGACAAGCCCCAGACGCCUGUCAUAAGGGACCGGCGGUAAUAGGCGGUUUAACGCUAAUCUCCAACACCUAACAGGUUUGACUACGAAAUAAGAUCUUACUCACACUUUUGGUUGCGACGUUCACCCCAUUUUUACCGACGCAACCUCUGCCUUUAUUUAAAGAGAUGCGGUUACACUUCCACGCUUUAUUUACUGACGGAGAGAGGGGACUUCAGUGAAGAACAUCCCGUGCACUGUUUUUGUUAAGGUGUAAAACGUUCCAUUCUCACGACGCAUGUCCCCCUGUUGUUCCCAAAGGUCUGCGGAACGUGCUCGACCGGAAUCCCGCUCUGACAAUAGUCACCUCGGAGAUUCACUCAGUCGUCCCGUGGCACUUUGAACAUCUCUACUUCGGGACUGUGUGA